CGUAACCAAACACUGUUCCCACACGGACGAAGAAGACUACAUGCCACACGAGAAAUCUUAGAACAUUUCUGGAACAUUUGCGUUCAUAAACAAUGUAUGUGGAAAUAUUCCCUGCAUUUUCAUUAAGUCUAUCACUAUAAUGUGUUAGUACCAUCCAUUAACAUUAGCUGGAUAAUUUAAUGUGGAUUGGUGAAAUAAUAUAUUUGAGGGUGUCAAGGAAGUGCUGCUAUAAGCUACUAUCGUAAACUACAGUAGUGCAAGUUAUGGCACUAUCAAAGCAAGACGACACCUCCAAUGUUGUACUUCCUGGAGAGGAACCCAAAGACGUGUUGCCAUGUCUUAUCCCACCUGUCCAAAGAAAAACAUGCACUGGCAGGAAUUUGAAUGAGAAAGAGAUGGAGAAACUGACAGGUGACCAGACUUUGGUGUCUGACUUCAAGCAGAUGAAGUUGGAAAAGGAGGCACAGAAAAACUGGGACUUGUUUUACAAAAGGAACACAACAAACUUUUUCAAGGAUAGGCAUUGGACCACCAGAGAGUUUGAAGAACUAAAAGUGUGCCUUGAGUUUGAAGUCCAGAAGCUGGUCCUGCUUGAAGCUGGCUGUGGGGUUGGGAACUUCAUCUUCCCACUACUGGAGGAAGACCUCAACAUCUUUGUCUAUGCCUGUGACUUCUCACCACGAGCUGUGGAGUUUGUGAAGGAACACUCCCUGUACUGCACUGAGCACUGCAGUGUGUUCCAGUGUGACCUGACAAAGGAUGACCUGAGGGGUAAUGUCCCAGUGGGCAGUGUGGAUGUAGCCACGCUCAUAUUUGUCCUCUCAGCUAUCCACCCAAACAAGAUGCAGCAGGCUCUGGACAACAUUUACAGGGUCCUGAAGCCAGGGGGCAUCAUACUGUUCAGGGACUAUGGCCUGUAUGACCACGCCAUGAUGAGGUUUAAGGCGGGAAACAAACUGGGAGAGAACUUCUACGUCAGACAGGAUGGCACCAGGUCUUAUUUCUUUUCCAAAGAGCUCCUAGCAGACCUGUUCAGAGGGGCGGGGUUCGAGAGUGUAACCAAUGAGUACGUGCUACGAGAAACGGUCAAUAAGAAGGAGGGGCUUUGUGUGCCCAGGGUGUUCCUUCAAAGCAAGUUCCGAAGGCCAGACCAAUUACAGGGCUCCUGAAGUCCCUUUCCUCAAAACCUUCAAAGAAACCUUCAAAGGCACAAAUGGACUGAGACCUUCAUAUAUAAAUGGAUCAUUGGACAAAAGCCUACACUGCCGUAUUGCUGAUUAAGUGCCGUUUGUUUGAAUAUGCUUUUUUAUUAAUAAAACUGGUGGAAAAAGUA